ACCUAACCUUUACACAAACACGCAGUUCCCAGAAGCAUCAACUUCACCCAGCUCCAGCUUUCUGUCUGGAUUAGGGGAGCAGAGGCAAAGAGCUACUACUGAGGGGUUCUGCAGCAGCUCUGCAAGUUCAUCACAUCAGACAGAUUAAGAAAGCAGCAUCCCCUGGGACGCUGCUCCAGCUGCUCGGCUCAGCACUGCCACGAGCUGUGCACCCUCCUCUCCAGCCAGAUCGCAACACAAAGCCCUUCGUUCCCUGUAGCUUCUUGUACCUUUUGUAGGCUCGGUAUUGCCAAGAUGCUUCUGCUUCUUCCUCUGGUGGCUGGGCUUGCCCUGUCUGCCUUCGGUGCCAUGGCAGACAAAGAGACUGAUUCAAGCCAAGAGUCACUUCAUGACAUACAGAGAAAAGUGAACGACCUCUGGAAGAAUUUGCUCUAUCCAAUGCUUCCUGGCAAUGAGACCGAUGGAUUGAUGUAUGCCACUUGUGAAAUGAAGCCCAGCUCCAAAAUAGAUGCUGAGAAGCCACAAGUGACUGGACAGGUCCUAUUCCGACAGUAUUACUCCUAUGGAAGAUUAGAAGCCAUUUUCCACUUGGAUGGGUUUCUGCUGGGUAAUAACCAAUCUGGUCGAGCUAUACACAUCCACGAGCUCGGAGACCUCAGCAAUGGCUGUGACUCUACAGGUGGGCACUACAACCCCUUCGGAGUCAACCAUCCUCGGCAUCCAGGGGAUUUUGGCAACUUCUUUCCCAGAGAAGGCAAAAUCAGAAAAUACAAACCAAACCUCUUUGCCACUCUGUUUGGUCCAUAUUCCAUUAUGGGCAGAUCCAUUGUGAUCCAUGAGCAGGAAGAUGACAUGGGCAAGGGCAACAAUAAGGCCAGCCUGGAAAAUGGAAACGCUGGGAAGCGCCUGGCAUGCUGUGUCAUUGGGAUGGGCAACAAGAACCUCUGGGAAGAGAAACACUCUGAAGUUACAGACAAGAAGAAGAGAGGCCUCAACAAACGGUCACAGAACCAGGCUUAGGCGAAGACCAACAAGCCACCUACAGCCCAGGCAGCACAAAGCACCUUAGGCCACGCCACUGGGCACCAAGCUCUAUGGCAAAAGGAUUUCCCUUUCCAUUUGCUUGCUCCUCUGAGAUAUGCCUGUCACUUUGUAGAGACUCCUUCCUGUAAGCCCAUCAAUAAAGCCAGCAUCAACACAA